AUGGCAUUUCCAGAGAUUAAUGUUAAUGAUGCUUAUAACUUGUUAGAUGAACAGGAGGAAGAAAAAACUUUGUUCAUUAAUUCAAUCAUCUGGUUAGAUAAGGAGAUAAACACUGUCAAAGAAAACCAACAAUCUCAGCAACAGCUAAGAAAUCUGUUUCCUGACGUUCAAAUAAUUUCAUUUGAAGCAGUAUUUGACUCUGAAGAAUAUGUGCGACAACACAAUCAAGACUCAUUGCUAGUUAUUGUCAGUGGACGACUUGCACAGACGUUAAUUCCUGACAUUCAUGAUUUUAAUCAUAUUCAAUCGAUUUAUAUUUAUUGUCGAAAUCAAGAUCCAGAGAAAACAUGGACAAGUGACUUCGCUAAGAUUAGAGGCAUCUUCACUGAAAUGCACCAACUCGUCACCAAGAUCGAACUUGAUCAAGGUAGAAUCGAAAAAACUCGAGAGUCUGUAUCAAUCGUAGCAUUUCCCGUUAAUAUGGAAGGUGAUUCUUCGCUUUCCGUCAAUGGAGAUCUGCUCCAAUUUCAAUUGCUCUUAGAUUUUUUGCGUAAGAUGGACUGGAUGGUGUGCGAUGAAGAGGAUUUCUUAGCAUUUUGGACAAAAAAGCUUUCAGAUACUCCAAACAACAUCUCGAUUCUCAAUGGUUUCAUGAAUGAAUAUUCACCUGAUCGAGCCCUUUGGUGGUAUACACGUCCAACAUUUUUCUAUGGCGCUUUGAACAAAGCACUACGUCAGCAGAAUAUUGAGACUCUUUUACAUAUGCGCUUUUUUAUCAAUGACAUCUACGAUCAAUUAGCCUCACUACAACAAUUUCAACCUCAUAGCAAAAUUCGAGCAUAUCGUGGACAACUUAUUUCGGUUGAAGAACUAACCGGUCUUGAACAAUCUAUCAACCAUCUAGUUUUAAUGAAGUCUUUUUUUUCAACGACAACUAAUCGAGAUCUUGCACUAUUCGUACUUGGUGAUACUGCGCAACAGUUCGAACGAUGGCGCACUCGCUCUAUUAUUCCGCUAAAGCGUGUUUUAUUCGUCAUUGACGCCGAUCCUUCGAACACCGAUAACAUUUUGCCGUUCGCCGACAUUGGUACGAAUAGUUAUUUUCCGGAGGAACAAGAAACACUGUUUAUGGCUGGGUGUAUUUUUCGUAUUUCUGAAACUCGUUAUGAUGAAAGUGAGCAAAUUCAUUUAGUCACACUAGAAUUAUGCAGCGCAGACGCAGAGACGAAAGCCUUACUAGAUGGCAGAAAGAAGCAUUUUGGUAACGAUAAUUCAUUGAUAACUCUUGGUCAUAUUCUUGAAGAAACAGGUCGAUAUGACCUGUCUAAAACAUGUUAUCUCAAAGCUUUAGACCAAUUACUCAAUCACAAAGCACCUUGUUUCGAUGAGCGCAAUAUUGCUGUUUGUUAUAAUUCACUCGGAAAUAUUGCAGAAUUGACAAAAGACUAUCAAAAUAGUCUUGAAUGGUACAAGAAAGGAUUGGAAAAAUAUGAAGAAACGCUUCCAGCUGGUCAUAAAUUCAUUGCUGAUUCGUAUCGCAGCAUUGGCUUGGCGUAUGGUCGAAUUGGAGAUAAAACUCGAGCAUUUGAAUCGUUGGAAAAGGCUUUGUCGAUUUUACGAACGAAUCAUGGUACGAUACAUGCAUCAGUAGCUGCUUGUCUUCAUGCAAUGGGUUCAAUUUAUUUGAUGGUCGACGAUAUUCAUGAAGUCUCGAAUAAAGCAUUUGAAUUACUGCAUGAAGCUCUUGACAUCAGACAGAAGAUACUUGUCAAGAAUGAUCCCGCUAUUUCUUCCACAUUGUUCAAUAUUGGCAGUGUUCAUCGUGCUCUGCGUCAGUUUGACGAGGCAUUGUUAUUCUAUGAACGUUCACUGAAUUUGAAGUUGAAAUUUUUUCCAGAGUCACAUCCUGAAGUAGUAAAAACUUAUUAUACAAUGGAAGCCGUUUGGAAAGAAAAAGGUGACAAUGAAAAAGCGUCUGAAUAUGCUAGCAAAGCACUCCGUUGUCAUACGCACUUUCUAGUGUUACAACAUCCAAAUAUAAUUGGCAUAGAACAUGAAAUACACAGCGCGGCAUCAACAGAUACGGAUAAUUAA